CUCUCAGUUCAGCAGCAGCAGACCAACAACAACAGUCAGUCGCACAUCAACCUGCGGGUGGAUUUAAAGAAGCGCAUGAAGUGGAGCCGAACACUCACCUGUGGGGCAGCUUUACUUUACCUGUCGGAUUCCAGCGCUUCGUGUGAUCUGACCUGGAGUCAGUGACCAUCCCGGUCUCAUUCAUGGUGGAUAAUGUGGACAAAUCCGGUUUAACGCAGUCUUUGUGUUGUGCAGCACAGGUGAACACGUUAAACCGAAGUUUGAUGCGACGCGGCUGUACCUGAACCCGAGUCUCUGCCGAGACCAGAACCAACCGACUGAGAAUUUCUAUGCAUCAUAUUCGACGGCGUGAUAACCGGACACAUCUGUGGACAUUUCCUCCGCCGCUGCCCGGGCUGGUUUUCGCGGUCAUGGGUGGUUAAGUCGGAUUAACUAUCAGCGCCUCUUCCAAACAGCAUGAGGAAACCUGACCUGCGCUGAGUUCACAGGGAUAAAUUAUUCAGCUCUGGUGGAAGUGGAAUACCUGCUGGGCCGAGGAUGGCCUGCUGGAAGGUGGGCGCCACCCUCCUGCUGGUUCUGCUGGUUCUGGUCGAACUACAACCGAUCUCAGGGCGAUUGUCUCGACACCACGGCUUGAGACAUCAAACUCGAGGGCACCACGAACGCCGGCCGCACCAGAACAUCACGCUGGCCGUCAUUUUACCACAGAGCAACACAGAUUACCCAUGGGCUUGGCCUCGCAUUGGUCCCGCCCUGGAGCGGGCUGUUAAAACCGUCAACGCCGACCCCACCCUGCUCCCUGACCACCACCUCACCUACGCCUUCAAGAAUAGUGAAGACAAGGAUGGUGUCUGCUCAGAAUCCAUCGCCCCGCUCAUGGCGGUGGACCUCAAACUUGACUAUGACCCGUGGGCUUUCAUCGGGCCUGGCUGCUCCUACACCUCCUCCCCUGUUGGUCUCUUCACCACCCACUGGGAUGUUCCCAUGGUAACAGCAGGCGCUCCAGCCGUGGCCUUCUACGGUGGAGUCUACCCAUCCAUCACCAACACAGGCCCCACCCACAAGAAGCUUGGGAAGUUUGCCCUGCGGAUCUGUGAGCACUUUGGGUGGCGGGAGCACGUGGUGCUCAUGUUCAAUGACAACAAGGUGGAUGAUCGACCAUGUUACUUCGCUGUGGAGGGUUUGUACACGGAGCUGAAGAGCAUCAAUAUCACCCUCCAGGACAGAGUAUUCGAAGAGAACAAACUGCCAGUCAACUACUCCCAGAUCCUCGCUGACAUUCAGAGCGACGGCCGAGUGAUAUUUGUCUGCUGCUCUCCGGACGUCUUCAGGAAGCUGAUGGUUCAGUUCCGGCGGGCGGAUCUUCCCCACGAGCAGUACGUCUUCUUCUACAUCGACGUGUUCGGAGACAGCCUGAACUCCAGGCACAGACAGCCGUGGGCUCGUGGCGAUGAGGAUGAUGCCAUCGCCAAGGACGCCUUCCAGAGCGUGAAGAUCCUGACGUACCGAGAGCCUCAGAACCCCGAGUACAGAGAGUUUGUCACCAACCUGAAGGCAGACGCCAGGAAAAUGUUCAACUACACCGUAGAGGACACGCUGAUGAACAUCAUCGCGGGAGGUUUCUACGACGGUCUGAUGCUCUACACUCACGCUCUGAACGAGAGCAUGUCCGCGUCCGGGGGCCGUCCUCCGGGCAAAGUCGUCACCCAGAGGAUGUGGAAUCGAACCUUCCACGGUGUAACAGGACUGGUUCACCUGGACGAGAACGGAGACAGAGAGACAGACUUCGCUCUGUGGGACAUGAUCGACACCAACACCAGCGCCUUCCAGAUAGUUCUGGUUUACAACAGUUUGGAGGAGCAGCUGACAGCCAUACCUGGAACAUCUCUGCACUGGCCGGGUGGAGUUUGUCCUCCUGACGUUCCCUUCUGCGGCUUCAAGAACGACAACCCGCUCUGCCUCACAAAAACGAUCACCAUCCACCAGAUGGUCACCAUCGUGGUCUUCUUCAUCUUCACCAUGACGCUCACCAUCACUGUCUUCAUCUACAGGAGGAUGAAACUGGAGAAGGAGCUGGUGGCUCAGCUCUGGAGGAUUUCCUGGGACGACAUCCAGAUGUGCAACCUGGACAAAGUGCUGCGCAGCGGCAGCAGGAUCACACUGUCACUGAGAGGCUCGAACUAUGGCUCCCUGAUGACUGGAGAUGGAAACCUGCAGGUUUUUGCAAAGACUGGAUAUUACAAGGGAAACAUCAUCGCCAUCAAAUACUCCGACAAGAAACGCAUCGAGCUGAACAGGAAGGUGCUGUUUGAACUGAAACACAUGCGCGAUGUUCAGAAUGAACACAUGACCAGGUUCAUCGGAGCGUGCAUCGACCCUCCCAACAUCUGUAUCAUUACAGAGUACUGUCCCCGAGGAAGUCUGCAGGACAUCCUGGAGAACGACAGCAUCACUCUGGACUGGAUGUUCAAAUAUUCUCUCAUCAAUGACAUCGUCAAGGGCAUGGUCUUCCUCCACAACAGCGUCAUCUUCUCUCACGGUAAACUCAAGUCGUCCAACUGUGUCGUCGACAACCGCUUUGUCCUGAAGAUCACGGACUACGGUUUGUCCAGCUUUCGGUCUGAGAGCGACUCAGGGAAGGACGCGCACGCCUACUACGCCCAGCGGCUGUGGAUGGCUCCAGAGCUGCUCAGGAUGGAGUCUCCUCCUCCUCAGGGAACUCAGAAAGGAGACGUCUACAGCUUCGGCAUCAUCCUCCAGGAGGUGGCGCUGCGCAGAGGAGCCUUUUAUCUGGAGGGAGACCCACUCAGUCCUAAAGAGAUCGUAGACCGGGUCAUCCUGGGUGAGUGGCCCUGCCUGAGGCCGACCAUCGACCCCCAGAGCCACAGUCCAGAGCUGGGCCAGCUGAUGCAGCGCUGCUGGGCCGAGGAACCCACCGAGAGGCCGGAGUUCAACCACAUCCGCCUGCUGCUGCGCAAACAGAACAAAGAGUCCAGGACCAACAUCCUGGACAACCUGCUGUCCCGUAUGGAGCAGUACGCCAACAAUCUGGAGGAGCUGGUGGAGGAACGAACGCAGGCUUAUCACGAAGAGAAACGCAAGGCGGAGGCCCUGCUGUACCAGAUACUACCACAUUCCGUAGCAGAGCAGCUCAAACGUGGAGAGACGGUUAAAGCCGAAGCCUUCGAUUCCGUCACCAUCUACUUCAGUGACAUUGUGGGCUUCACCGCCAUAUCGGCAGAGAGCACGCCGAUGGAGGUGGUGACUCUGCUGAAUGACCUCUACACGUGCUUUGACGCCAUCAUCGACAACUUUGACGUUUACAAGGUGGAGACCAUCGGUGACGCCUACAUGGUGGUGUCGGGGCUGCCGGUGAGGAACGGGAAGCUGCACGGCAGAGAGAUCGCCCGCAUGGCCCUCGCCCUGCUGGACGCUGUCCGGACCUUCAAGAUCCGCCACCGACCAGAACAACAGCUGAAGCUGCGGAUAGGGAUUCACAGUGGCCCAGUGUGUGCAGGAGUGGUGGGUCUGAAGAUGCCGCGGUACUGCCUGUUCGGUGACACGGUCAACACGUCGUCUCGUAUGGAGUCCAGCGGAGAAGCGCUGAAGAUCCACGUGUCGGCGGCGACUCGUGACGUCCUGCUGGAGUUCAACUGCUUCCAGCUGGAGCUGAGGGGAGAGAUCGACGUCAAGGGCAAAGGGAAGAUGACCACCUACUGGCUACUGGGAGAGAGCGACAGCCAAUGACUAAACACUACGGACAAGAGGACGGAACGAGGGGACAGAGGAAAGGAAAAGAAAGAGGGAGAUUAGGAAACGAGAGAACAAAUUAAGGGACAAAGUGAUGGUAUGAGUAAAGGAAGCAGAGGAGACAGAAUAAAAGGAAGAAGGGAGUUCCUCCUCAUCCCCAGCAGAUCUGUCAGAGGACUCAUCACCUCGGAACAAAAGGACCUGGAUGGUUUCAGAUUCCACAGCACGGAGGAAAGCAGCGGUACGUUUCCCACGCACAUCAACAAAGACUCUGAAAACUCUGCAGGACAAAACUGCAGGUUAGAGACAGGACGUGAAAGACAAACAGAGGACGGAGGGUGAAGAUUCUGAUGUGAGUGAAGGAGCAAAAAAAAAUAACUGGUGUGAAACCUGCAGAAGACUCACUGCGCUGUGAGCGAGUCCCAGACGGUCCCACAGUGAAGCAGAAGAAGAAGGUAAAAAAAACAAAAAACAACAGUUCAUCCUCAUCACAUAAAUCUUUUCUCUCACUAAAGAAAUAACAGGUGAGAUUUACAUUUUAUCCUCGUGUUUUCAAAUAGUAUUUUUUAGUUUAGUUACCGGAUGAACGACUUGAAGGAUGAGGACUGAUGGAGUCUCAGCAGCUUCUCUCUGACCUUCUGGGACAAUAAAAAAAAAAAAAAAAAAAACCUGAGUUCACGAGCUCCUUUGGAAAUAUUUCUUCUCUGUAAAUAAACAAAAAAAAUUAUCUGUGAUUUUAAAUAAAAAAAGUUACAACUACACAAAGUUUUUUUAAACUUAAAAUUAGGAAAAUGUCACAUAACUUGGUGCAAUCAACUGAUGUUCACACGCACGGCUUCAGUUCACCUCUGACCCCUGACCCCUGACUGAAACACCCCGAGCAGCUCACGGGGUUCGGGUCAGCAAACUGAUGGACCCAUGAACUGAAAACGCAAACGCGUCUCAACGUACGAAACACAUCUGAUAUUUUUAUACAGUGCCAUUACAUGUGUAUUACAUGUGUAUUACAUGUGGACGAUGAGGCGGUGUCUGAGACUCGCACACAUCACAGUGCAGUUUUAGAACACAGCCCAUGUGCGGGAGAGUUCUAAUGAACCACAGCUGAUCCUCCUUCCUCACAGGUCGGCUCAGUCUGUCCAUCACUCUCCCUCCCUCCAUCACAGACUCACAGCUUCUCUCCGUUUCCUGCCGUCCGUCUUUUUAUAAUCUGAAACAUCUCGUUUGUAUUUUUGCUUUAACUUGAUGUUGAGCUUCUGGAUCCCUGUGUCAGGCUGAAGGAGAGAAGAAGUGAAAACUGAGCCAUUUGUUUUUACUGGGGAUCAAACCAGCAGUGUUUGUUUGUACUGACCUGAAUAAAGUGCUGUGCAGAGC